GAUGCGUAGUAAGGUACCAAAUGUGUUCAGGGUUCUAUUUGAGUAUUUUGCUUUUAUUUUGAAAUCCUGACAUUUCACUUCCUAUUUGCCGUUGCUGUCCUCCCCUGCAGCGCCUCCUGUAGGCCGCCGAUGUUGUUUGUCAAAUCAUCGCUGGGGAGAGGUAACAGAGGCAGCAAGGUACGAGCAGCGGAGAUUUUAAACAUGCGGGAGCCUGUAACGCACUAACGGGGAGCAGACGGCUUGUUUUUGAGUCGAUAAAUGACGGCAGCCAGACAGCAGUCCGCACGCCGCUGAUGACUCGGAGAUGGGACAAACACAUUUGUUGUUGGCAGCACUGCUCAUCGCCACGAAUCCAGUUUCAUGUUACAGAUGCCUUGCUUUGGAUUACCUGCAACCUGCAGCUCCCACCGCUUAAGUUGAACGGCUAAAGGGAGCUGAUCUGCCCUGACGGACAGUCCUGGUAUUUCCAUCUGGACUUGGUGAUAUGAGAGGCUCCGGGAGACGGUGAUGGAGCUCCAGGAGUUGGGCUGGCUGUGUCUGGUGGGUCUCUUCCUAGCCUCCUUGCUCAUUGUGCUGGGAUGGCUGAUCCAGUAUUCGCUGGCACUACUGCGACUGCGGCGAGCCAGGAAGACAGCCGAGCGGGGCGGGAGAGACGCAGCCUGGCCGCAGCUCUCCCUCACGCUGCCCCGCCAGAGCCUGGCUGGGGGCGUGUGGGGCUUCCUGCUGAAGCUCCGCUCGGGCCGGGGUGGAGGAUCUGCAUCUGAGGCUGGGGUCAAAGGCUUGCUGACCUCCCUGUUCUCCUUCAGGUCCAUCAGGGAACACUGGCAGAGAAGCUGGGUCAAAGCUCUGAAUGAGCAAGCCUGCAGGCAUGGGAGCUCCAUCCAGAUCACUUUUGACAGCAGUCUUCAGUUAACUGCUGCUUCUGCAAUAGAUAGUGUGACCUGCACUGACCAAACACCACAUCGAAUGGUUUUACACUGUAAAUGUUGGGUGGACACAGUGACAUUUCCUGUGACGGUCACCCGGCAGUCACCCGCUGCUGUUUCCAUGGACACCUAUCAGAUCACUAUACCACCUAUGGUGACAAAGGUGGUGGUGUAUCUGGAGGAGGUGGAGGACGAGGGUCUGCUGAUUUCCUGGACUCUUUCCAAGCAGCCGUCGUUUACUCUUACCGUGUCUCCUUGCAAGCUGCAGAGACAGGGCACUGAGAGUGAAGCAGACCUGGACAUGAUUAAAGGACUGAUAGAGGAUACUCUGUUCAGCACUCAGCCAGCCAUGGUUCUCAACCUCAAGACUUCUGCCUCCAGUCCUUUGGCCCCCAUGGACCAUCUAUCAGUAGGACUGAACUCCGUACUCCAGAGACGACUACUGCUUCGGCAGCUCAGGGCAACAUUAAGUAAAGGUCAGUGGUCCAGGUCAGGGGAGCUGUGCUGUGUCCUGAGCCUGGACCAACCCUCCACAGAGAGGACAACCCGUUUCCUGUCUGUGCUCAGCAACGCCAACGCCCCACUGGAAUGGAGUGAAGAAAUUACUUUGGAGCUGGGUCUCGAAACCAAAGAGCUGAGAAUCAGACUUCUGGAGCGGAACGGCAAAAGGGAACAAUUCCUGCCUGGCCACGCCUCCAUCACUUUGGAUCCCCGGUGCAAAGUUCCUACUGGGCAAUUUAUACUGUCAAUAAGCCCCGGCCACGGCCUGGCACCAAAUGCUACCGUCACAGCAGAGCUGCUGUACUUGGAAACAGAGGAGCCUCGCAGUGCCCACAAUGCUUUGCCUCUUCGCUCCUCUCUCACCCCCACCAAGAAAGUCGAUGUGGACCGAACCAUCAUGCCAGACGGAACCAUUGUCACCACUGUCACGACCGUCCAGUCUCGACUGAAACUGGAACGCAGUCCAGGUGAUUCCCCUUUGUGUUCACCGUCUAAAGUGGAGGUGACUGAGAAGAAGCCCACUGUCCUGUCAGAUGACAGAGACAGCCCCAACUCCAGCAAGAGCAGCCGCCUCUCUAAUGGCCUGGAUCCUGUUGCAGAGACGGCCAUUCGGCAGCUGACCGAGUCUGCCUCCAAAGCAGCCCGGAAGACACCAACAAAAAGGAGCACACUGAUCAUCUCAGGAGUGUCAAAGGUUCCGCUCUCAGAAGAUGACUGCGCCGUAUCAAGCGGCUAUGCUGCAGCCAUGGACGCUGCCAUGCAUGGCAACCAUUACGGCAUGGGCCAUCACCGGGACCCAGAGGAGACCACACCCUCCGACGUGUCGGAGCGUCCAUCUGUGGACGAUGUGGAGUCAGACACAGGUUCCACUGGUGCCUUGGAAACCCGCAGCCUCAAGGACCAUAAAGUGGGCUUUCUACAGAGCGGCUCCAAGCUGCUGUUCCGAAGAAGACAUCGAGAGAAGGAGUCCUGCCUCAGCCAAUCCCACGAAGACAUCUCCAACAUGGGCAAUAACUUUGCUGCUGCUGCUGCAAACAGCAGCCGUAAAAAAUCUGGCAGCUUCUCUCGGCGUCUCAUCAAGCGCUUCUCUUUCCGCUCAUCAGGCAAAUCAAAAGGCAAAGCCAGUGCUACCAACGGAGGAGCAAGCUCAAUGGAUAACUGAUUAUCACAAGAGUAGGACAUGGGCCAUCCUGUCUUUAACAGAAUGCCUCCAUUACUACUGUCAGAAGAACAACUAAACCAGUCUUUGACAGGCUGACCACCCCAGGUGGGUUGUCACCUGUACAUUUUGAAAGGAGGAUACCUCUGGCAGGGCUUUUUCCUCUGGAGAGAAAGUUUUGCACCUUCAGGACAGAAGUCAUGUUUAAUCACAUCACUGAAAUUAAAAUGUGAUGAUGAAAUCUGUUUCUUUUGAGGAGAAUUCUGCUGCUCAGUGAGAAGGUGGUUGAACAAAGUGAAUGAAACAUCUCGUGCCCUGUUUAAACACAAACUACAGUGGGAGUGUUUGAUUUUUCCCAGUGGUGGUAAUACUGUUAUACUAUUUAAUGAUGUAAAUGCCAGAAUGAUGCUAUUGGUUGUACUUUAGAUUUAUUCUUUUUUUUAAUUCCUUGGUUGUAUAAAGAUAAUUUAUUAUUAUGUGGUUCUUAUGAAAUAAGUGCUAUUUAUUUUACCCCCCCAAAAACAACUCAUCAUAGUGGCAUUACACUGUAAAAUAGAGACAUUGCCGUGUGUUUUUCAUGCAAACAUAAAUUUAAACACAUAGUUUAAGUAAGUUAACAAAAAUCCGUCUUAAUCUAGCUGUAUGUAUGUUGUUCAAUGUUGUAUCUUAAAUAAGAUGCAGGACAGAUAAUAUAUUUAUUGUACUUUUUUGUAAAGGUACUUUCUGUGGAAUAUCCCAGUGCAUUUUUAGUUUACUUUUGGAACUUCAUCCAGUCUGGAUCUCUUUCCGACUUCUUCAAGUCAGGCAGUGACUUUAAACUUUUUAAACUCUGAUAUUUUUCUGUAAGAAACCUAAUUUCCUGCUCGCUUCUUGCCUCCUGUGUACUCUAUUUAAGUCAAACAUACAUCUAAAACACAUUAUUGAGACUUCAGCCGAUGCUCCUGUUCAUUAUUGCAAUAACUAUAUAUCAUGUAAAAUGCCUUGCACAGGUUGCAGGUAAAAUCAUUUGCAGGAAAUACUACAGUGUGAUCAGUUCACAAUCAUGUUAAGUGAUCCUCUGCUGAGGCAUCGCAAGCAACCAGAUUGUCGAAGAUUAAGACGACGUGAAUAAAGUUGACACACUCAGGGGGACUAGAAGCGAAAUUUCUAGUAGCAACUACAGAUAUGAGGAAACCUGCUGCGUCCUACAAAAGUAAGCAGCGCCAGUAUGUAAAAAUGUACAUACAGUUUUUGGUCAUUUUAUGUUUUGUCAGAGAAAAUGAAAUAUCUUGUAACUGACUGCAUUAAUUAUGGGAUUUCAGAACAACCAAAUUAAAUGAUUUUGAUUACAUUUCAGGUUUAUCUUUAUGAAUAAAAGAAGAGCUAUUUAAAGGGAUCACAGAGGUGGAGCCACUUCUAUCAAAAUGACUCGUGUAGACAUACCAUGUGCUUUAAUCCAAACCAAGUCAAAAUACUGGAAAAAUGAUCAAAGUCACUUCAUUGUCUAAAGGCACAUUAUAAAUGGCUGGAAUGUGAAACAGCUCAAUGGCUGCAAAGUUUAAUAUAUAUGAUUUCUGUUGGUAUAUUUGAAAUGUUUAAUUUAUUGCAAAUAAAUUAUUUUUGAAGCAUCA